CCUCAAUUAGCUAAUGCUGCACACACCAAACUGGAGAGAGAGAUUGACAGAGAGGGAGAGAGAGAGAGAGAGAGAGAGAGAGGGAGGGGGACACCCAACGUUUUCUGAAAAACAAAAUGGGUUAUAUCAGCAAAUUUGCAAGAAGAUGAUGGUCAGUGUGUGAUAUUGUUCCACUCUUGAUGUUUCUUUUGGGUGUUCAGAGGUCAGUGAGGCAGAAACAACCUGUUAUAGAAAAAGAACAAAUUUUCCCAUCUCAUUCACAAUUCCUCUCAGUGGGUUUGAUUUGGUGUGAUAAUUACCCCAUGCUCCUCUUCCACCUCUUCUUAUUGUUAUCUCUUCAACUUCAACCUUCACGGAUAUCCACAAAAAAACAAACUUUUUGGUUGGACCACUCCAGUUCAAGCAUAGUGGAGCUCCUUUCUUGAGAUAUACCAACUGGGUUUUGUGCGACUUUUCUCUUUUGCCUGGUGGAAAUAGCUUAAAGUACCAAACUUUAUGCGCCCUGACGGGUGGACUGGUGAGAGAAAUUUUGGGGUUUGCUUCAAUUUUGCUUUGCAGUUGAAGAUUCAUGGUGGGGUGCCUGGUGCUUCAGUUUUUUGAAUCUUCUGUUCAAGCUCGGGCUUGCCUUGAAUCCUCAAGACUAUUACUUUGGUGAAUUUGGCAAGUAUGUCUGUGAAUCGAAAGCCUCCUGCUUCGAAUGGUAGAAUACCAUCGAAUAUGAAAUCUUGGAAGGUGAACGAGCCUCUGCAUGGGUCUAAUUCUCCCAGGACAUGUAGGAGAAAACCCUUUCUCCUUUGGUUCUUUGGCUUUGUUGCCAUAGGGAGUGUUUGGUUCAUCUUGAGUUUCAACAGUAACUAUUUAGUGAACAAGGAGAAUGAAGCAAUUUGUGAGAAGAGAGCAAGAAUCUUGCUACAACGGUACAAUGUUAGUAGGGAACAGAUUUAUGCUUUGGCAUCCUGGUUUCCUGGAUCAGAUCAGAUUUUAUUCAACUGUAUUGAUGAAAGAAGACUUCGGAUGCUGCUAAGCAGCAGCAUGGUAAGCACUCCACAGUUAACGUGUCCAGAGAAUCAGGAGCUAAGAAAGGAGCAUAUACGUGUAAUGGACACUGUAGAACCUAUCGAGCAAUGCCCAAUUCUCAAUGAUUAUGUCCAGAACAUUGUGCAACCGUGGGAAAUGAGGGUAUCUGCAAUUUGGCGUCAUGUGGGUUCAUUUAAUUUAACUAAAGGAUUCUGGUGGGUCGUCAUUGGAAUUAUAAUGUCCUACUUCUGUUUACUACGGAGGAGUCAAAAGCAGAAGCUGUCUCAGGGGCAUCCAGCUGCACAACAAAAGCGGCUGAAGCAUUUUCCACGGGGUCCAUCAAGGGGUGCUGGGAGGUGGAGGAAAAAAUUACUAGUUAUAUUUGUGUCACUUGGAAUAAUUGGGUCCUUUUGGUUAUUUUGGCACCUAAAUAUGGACAUCAUGCAGAGAAGAGAAGAAAUGCUAACAAACAUGUGUGAUGAGAGAGCCCGAAUGCUGCAAGAUCAGUUUAAUGUGAGCAUGAACCAUGUUCAUGCUCUGGCUAUCCUUGUAUCUACAUUUCACCAUGGUAAACAUCCUUCUGCAAUUGAUCAGAAAAUUUUUGGAGAAUAUACAGAGAGUACAGCAUUUGAAAGACCACUUACUAGUGGUGUUGCUUAUGCUUUGAAAGUUCUUCAUUCCGAUAGGAUGCAUUUUGAAAAGCAGCAUGGGUGGACAAUUAAGAAAAUGGAAACAGAGAAUGAGGCAUUAGUCCAAGAUUGUAUUCCUGGAAAUUUGGAUCCAGCACCCGUUCAAGAUGAAUAUGCACCAGUGAUAUUUGCUCAAGAAACGGUUUCCCAUAUUGUAUCUAUUGACAUGAUGUCAGGGAAGGAGGACCGUGACAAUAUUUUGCGAGCAAGGGCAUCUGGAAAGGGGGUUCUCACAUCCCCUUUUAAACUACUAAAGUCCAAUCACCUGGGUGUAGUACUUACAUUUGCGGUCUAUAACACUAAUCUUCCUUUAGAUGCUACACCAGAGCAGCGUAUUGAAGCAACUGUGGGGUAUCUGGGUGCAUGUUAUGAUGUUCCGUCAUUGGUGGACAAGCUUCUGCAUCAACUUGCCAGCAAGCAAACCAUUGUUGUUAAUGUUUAUGACACAACUGAUGCAUCUGCACCUAUCACAAUGUAUGGUACUGAUGUUACUGACACUGGCCUACUACAUGUAAGCAGCCUAGAUUUCGGGGAUCCGCUACGAAAACAUGAGAUGCACUGCAGGUUCAAGCAGAGGCCUCCACUACCUUGGACUGCAAUCAAUGCAUCAGGGGGGGUGUUUGUUAUUACUUUGCUGGUGGGUCAUAUUUUUUAUGCAGCAAUAAAUAGAAUAAUAAAAGUUGAGGAUGGCUAUCGUGUAAUGAGUGAGCUGAAAAGCCGUGCUGAGGCUGCAGAUGUGGCAAAAUCCCAGUUUCUUGCUACAGUUUCACAUGAGAUAAGGACUCCAAUGAACGGUGUUUUAGGCAUGCUGCAAAUGUUGAUGGACACUGAGCUUGAUAAAAAACAGAUGGAUUAUGCCCAAACUGCACAUGAUAGUGGUAAAGAUCUCAUAUCAGUCAUAAAUGAGGUUCUUGAUCAGGCUAAGAUUGAAGCUGGAAAGCUUGAACUUGAAGCUGUAGCUUUUGACCCACGUGCUAUUCUGGAUGAAGUUUUAUCUCCUUUCUCUGAAAAAUCUAAAGGAGUAGAGCUGGCUGUUUAUGCAUCCAAUCAAGUACCUCAAGUUGUCAUUGGUGAUCCUAAACGAUUCCGGCAAGUAAUUACAAAUCUUGUCAGCAAUUCAGUCAAGUUCAAUCAUGAUAAAGGACAUGUGUUUGUUUCUCUUCAUCUGGCAAACGAAGUGAAGAAUCCACUUCAUGUUAAGGAUGCAGUGCUGAGUGAAGGCUUAAACGCCAAUCAAGAUGUAUCAAACAGAACAUAUGAUACAUUAAGCGGGUUUCCUGUAUGCAACAAAUGGAAAAGUUGGGCAAAUUUUGAAAAGUUAAGUAGCAUAGAUGAUCCUGAAAAUUUUCAAUUAUUAGUAAUAGUUGAAGACACAGGUACAGGAAUUCCUACAGAUGCACAAAGCCGCAUAUUCACGCCUUUUAUGCAGGCUGAUAGUUCCCCCUCCCGAACAUAUGGUGGAACUGGAAUAGGACUGAGCAUUAGUAAGUGCCUAGUUGACCUCAUGGGAGGAGAAAUUGGAUUUGUAAGUGAGCCUGGAAUUGGAAGUACUUUUUCCUUUACUGGAACUUUCAGAAAAGGAGAUAGCACGUCUCUGGAUGCAAUGUGGCAGAAUAAUAGUUUUGGUUCAGAGUUCCAAGGAUUGAGAGCAUUAGUGGUAGAUAGAAGAAAAAUCCGAGCUGAAGUCACAAAAUAUCAUCUGCAGAGAUUGGGAAUGUCUGUGGAUAUAACUAAUAGUCUGAAUUCUCAAUGCUCUUGUCUAUCUAGUACUUGUGACAUGAGUAUGUCAAGCCAGUUGGCCAUGAUUUUGAUAGACAAGGAUGCUUGGGAUAAAGAAUGUCUUAUCUUAUGCAAAAUCAGGAAGCUUAGACAGAAUGGCAUCAAAAGGGAUCCAAUAGACUUACCGAAGAUUUUUCUCCUGGACAGCCACCCUAGAACCAACGAACAUGAUGAGCUAAAGUCAGUUGGUAUCAUAGAUGAUGUACUGAUGAAGCCUCUUUGGCUUAGUUCUUUGGUUCACUCUUACAGAGAAUCCCUUGGUGCUGAAAAAAAUCAAGUACAAAGGAAGAAAGUAUCCAAACUUGGGAGUUUGUUAAUGCACAAACAAAUUUUGGUUGUUGAUGAUAAUGCAGUGAACAGAAGAGUUGCAAAAGGUUUUCUACAGAAGUAUGGUGCAAAAGUUACUUCUGUGGAGAGUGGCAUGGCUGCUCUAAAGGUGCUUAAACUGCCACAUAGUUUUGAUGCUUGUUUCAUGGAUCUCCAAAUGCCAGAAAUGGAUGGUUUUGAAGCAACAAGGGAAAUCCGCCUAAUGGAGAGCGAGGUAAAUGAGAAAAUUGCGUGUGGACAAGCAUCUGCAGAGAUGUUUGGUAACAUCUCAUAUUGGCACAUUCCAGUACUAGCAAUGACGGCAGAUGCAACUCAAAGUUCAAAUGAAGAGUGCAGAAAUUGCGGAAUGGAUGACUAUGUGACAAAGCCAUUUGAAGAAGAGCAGCUCUAUAUGGCAAUGACACGUUUCUUCCAGCCAGAUUCAUAGUGUGGAGUGCCUAGGUUAAAACGAUUGAUUAGUAGUUCAGAUACCCUGCUGACAAGUGUUGACCAACCUCAAGCAACAUAUGUCAAGUGUCAGUUUCUCCAUUAAAAGAGCUAGCGGGUGGAUUAAUUUUGGCUAGUUAUGUGCAGAUAUUGUAAUGGUUUAACAUGCCCCAGCUGUUGUGUUCCUAAUUAUGACACUGCUUGCCAUCAUCAAAGCUUUCAAUUCUGCAUCAUGAAUCUCAGCUAUGGUGUUGUUUACUGAUAGAUGCUGAUUUCAAGUUCAAGAGGUUAUCACUUAUUGCAGCAGAGGAGAUCGACACAAGGCAUAAUUUCAUUGGUGUACAUAACCCGUUUUUGGUUCCUGCCUCCCAUCUCUGAUUUAUUCUCUGUAUAUAUUUAUCCAGAGCAAUUAGAUUAAGAUAAAAUGUUACAGUGACGAGAUCAUUGAUUCAAUUUUUGUGGCCAAGAUGGAAAAGGGUGAAAGAUCUUUGAAUCCUCAGAAUUUUGUAAGUAACUUGUAAAGCAAAGUUAUUAUUACGUGACACAUGGCAUAUGUAACAAUAUUAAUAUGUUGUGACCAGUGAAAUUUCAACUUGUCACUGAGUUGUAACUGUUUCUUUCCACAUAAAUGCUGUGUGAAGGCUAAUAAAUGUUCAAUUCAUUAAA